UCCCUUGUUAGUUUGUACUGUAAUUUCCGGAUUCAAACUGAAACUCAGCUCCGUUUUCAUGGAUUUAUUCGCCUAAUUUUGUUUUUUCCUCUCUUCAUUUUCCUGCUGUUCUUUUGUGCAUUCAUUGUUUGAUUAUACGCGUUUAUAUACUUUUGUACUUUUUAUUCUUGUCCCCUACAUUUGCUUGCUUUCCUGUCAGAGUGCUUGGAUUUCUAAGAGACUAUGAUUUAGUUAAGAGUUCGAUUACUCAGUGGCAGUAUUUUGAUCUCAUUUCGUAUCUGUAUCUCGCUUUAAUUUUUCUUCUCUUAUUUCUCUUUUCGGUACUCUCUGAAAUCAGUUCUACUCUGUGUUGGAAUUUCCUUCAAAGGAAAGAACCCUAACGGAUCUUUCUGGGAAGCUCAAAGAGGAUAAAAGAUGGCGCUGCAACAUCUUAGUCGUCCAAGGAGUGUCACCAAGAGGUCCACUAAGUACUUAGAGGAAGCGCUUUAUAAGAAGCUAUUCAAGGAAGGCAGCUCAGAAUUGACCGUUCGCCAACAACUGAAUCUCUUCAUCAAAAGCUCGAAGCGGGUAUACAAAUGGGAAGUUGGAGACACUCUCAAGAAGCUUCGUGAUCACAAGCUUUAUUACCCUGCUCUCAAGCUCUCAGAAACAAUGGCUGAUAGGGGCAUGAACAAGACAGUCAGUGAUCAAGCUAUCCAUCUUGAUCUUGCGGCCAAGGCAAGGGGGAUUGCAGCAGCAGAAGAUUACUUCAUUGAUCUUCCCGAAACAGCAAAAAACCAUCUCACAUAUGGUGCACUUUUGAACUGCUAUUGCAAAGAAUUGAUGACUGAAAAGGCAGAAGCUUUGAUGGAGAAGAUGAAGGAAUUGAACAUUGCUUUAAGCUCCCUGCCGUACAACAGUCUCAUGACUCUUUACACGAAAGUUGGCCAACCAGAAAAAGUUCCAGCCAUCAUUCAGGAAAUGAAGGCAUGCAAUGUAAUGCCAGAUUGUUAUACAUACAAUGUGUGGAUGAGAUCUCUGGCUGCCGUCAAUGAUAUUUCUGGGGUUGAAAGAGUUUUUGAGGAGAUGAAGAGGGAUGGCCGGAUAAGUGCGGAUUGGACAACAUAUAGCAACUUAGCAUCGAUUUAUGUUGAUAGCGGUUUGUUUGAAAAGGCAGAAAGGGCACUGAAGGAAAUGGAGAAGAGAAACACCAAGCUUGAUGUUUUAGCUUACCAGUUCCUACUAACUUUAUAUGGGCGAAUUGGCAAAUUGAUUGAAGUUUAUAGGGUAUGGCGCUCUUUGAGGCUGGCUUUUCCAAAAACUGCAAAUAUUAGUUAUCUGAAUAUGAUACAGGUACUGGUUAACUUGAAAGAUUUACCAGGUGCGGAGAAAUGUUUCAGUGAAUGGGAAUCUGGCUGCUCAAUGUAUGAUAUCCGGGUUGUAAAUGCUCUGAUAGGAGCCUAUGCUAAGGAUGGUUUACUAGAGAAGGCUCAAGAGCUCAAGAGGAGAGCGUGGAAGAAAGGGGCUAAGCCCAAUGCUAAAACUUGGGAGAUAUUCUUGAAUUAUUAUUUGAAAAAUGGGGAUAUCAAAUUAGCAGUUGGCUGUGUAGGUAAAGCAAUACCUAUUGGUAGAGGAGAUGGUGGAAAGUGGAUCCCUUCCACUGAGAUUAUUGGUACUUUGAUGGAGCAUUUUGAGAAACAGAAGGAUGUUGAUGGUGCUGAAGGUUUUCUGGAGAUUCUGAAGAAGGGUGUAGAUGGUUUUGGAGUAGAAGUUUAUGAAUCAUUGAUAAGAACUUAUGCAGCUGCCAGAAGGACAAGUCCUGUGAUGCGCCGCCGUUUGAAGAUGGAGAAUGUAGAGGUGAAUGAUCCAACAAAGAAGCUACUUGAUGAAAUAUGUGUUGAGUGAGUACUUUCAUCCCUCAAUUUUGAUUCCCAGGAUUAUAGUUAAUUGGGAAAUGAGAUAUGAAUGGGUUCGAAUAUAUAUAUUUUCUCCAAUAAUAAAAUAUCUCUCUUUGUGACUGGCCAAUUUACUUGAAA